AUGUCUAGUCAGCGUCUUGUCCUAGGCCUCCCACGUGUCUUGCCGUCGCUGCCGCCUUCGCUUGCGCCGCUGUGUCGUCCCUGCGUCGAGGGUAGGCUGCGCGCCACCCCUCACUCCUCCUCCCUUCGUCCGGCCACCGAGCCUUUUGAGACGCUUCACUUGGACGUCUGGGGCCCCGCCCCUCGUCUAGGCCCUGAGCGUGAGCGUUACUUUCUGGUGGUCGUUGACGACUUCUCCCGCUACACCACAGUGUUCCCACUGGCGAAGAAGUCUGAGGUGACUUCUACGCUGAUCAGGUGGUUGCUCACCACCGAGGACACUCGUGGUCGUCGUGUCAGCUGUCUCCACUCCGACCGUGGGGGUGAGUUUCGCUCCGGCAUUCUCGCUGGAUUCUGUCGCGAGCAGGGCAUUCAUCAGUCCUGGACGCUUCCAGAGUCCCCACAGCAGAAUGGGGUUGCUGAGCGCCGCAUAGGCCUGGUCAUGGAGAUCGCCCGCACCUCCUUGACUCACGCCUGUGCCCCCCAUUUUCUGUGGCCCUACGCGGGUCCCCUGGUGUUGCGUCGCGGUUUCGUGUCUGGGGGUGCUUGGCUCUUGUCCGCGACACCUCCGCGGACAAGCUCUCGCCUCGUGCCGUUCCCUUGUGUCUUCCUUGGUUUCCCUGAGGACUCCUCUGACUUCACCUUUUACCACCCUCCCUCUCACCGGUUCUUUGACUCCCGUGACGUCUGUUUCGAGGAGUCCACUCCGUACUACGUCAGGUACCCCAGUCGAGGUCUCCCGGUUCCUCCUCCCCCCCUCUUCCUGACUGCCGCUCCCCCUCGUGCUCCCCCGGUACAGCCUCCCCCCCCUGGCCCAGCCCCGUCAGGUGUGUCCCAGGCUACCCCUCCUCCUUCGGUAGCCCCUCCGGUACAGCCUCCCUCCCCACAGUCCUCCUCGCAGCGUGCCGUUGGUGCUAGCUCUCGAGAGGUUGGUGCUGCGCCUGUUCCUGUACCGGUUUCUGGUUCUGGGGGUGCUGGAGUUGGAGCUGGUGUUGGAGCUGGAGGUGGAGCUGGAGUAGGCACUGGAGUUUCUGGUUCUGGGGGUGCUGGAGUUGGAGCUGGAGUUUCUGGUUCUGGAGUUGGAGCUGACCCGGUGGGUGCAGAGGACUCUUGUCGUCCGGGAGCCGGUGCUGGCCGCGCGGACUCUGGGGGUGCUCCCUCUGGGGGUGAGGGUGCGCCUGCUUCGGGUUCUGGUGCGCCUGGGUCUGGAGCUGGUGUUAGUGCUGCCUCUGGGGGUGGUGCGCCUGGUUCUUCGGGGGUUGACUCUGGAGCUGCCGCUGCUUCGGACUCUACUCCGCCCCCCCACCCCUACCCGACUAGGCACCAGGCUCGUGUUCGCCGUGCCCGUGACGAGCAGCUGGAGUUGGAGAGAGAGGAGAGGGAGUUACAGCGGCUGGCGGAGCAGCAGCAGCAGCUGGACCCGCAGGAGCAGCAGUCCCAGCAGCAGCCGCGUCCGCAGCAGCAGCAGUCGCAGCAGCAGCAGCACCAGCCACUUCCUCCUCCUGUCUCGGGUCUUCGGGCCCUUGGUCUCCCCUCCCCUUCUCCUCCCUCCUCCGCCUCUCCUCCCUCCUCCGCCUCUCCUCCUGUCUACGGUCCCACGUUUCCUCCACCUGACUCCUCCCCCGCUGUUUUCUCUAGUUCUUCGCCUUUGUCCUCUCCUCCUCCGUCUCGUUCUUGGGCUACUCGUCGCUCCCCUCGUGCUCGUCCCUCAUCUCCUGUUCCCUUCACUGACCUUCGUACUGCCUUACUUUGUUCCAGUCCACCUCGUCCGUCUCAGUCUGUGCUUCCGUCUCCUCCUGAGUCGGCCCUCACCGUGUCGCUCCCUGCUCCUAUCACUGACUACUACCGCACGUACCAUCCUGUUCUCUCUCGUGUUCUCGCCUCUCUUGUUACUCACCCUCGUGCCUCUGUGUCCUCUGUGUCUGCUCUUACUGCCGCGGUUACUGACUUUGCCGCUACUCGCCGCCUUGACUACGCCACCACACUUGUGGCUGCUCCUCCUACCAGUCCUCUGGCCGUCGGGGGUGUGUCUGCCCUUGGCUGUGACGCCCUAGAGGACAGGCAGUUUGAGCUAGAGUUCCUGGCGGCCGCUUCCCCUCAUCUCUGUGCCAUGCUCCUCGCCCCUGAGGGUGACCCCGACGCCCCUGACAUUCCGACUCCUCGCACUUACGCUGAGGCAGUGUCAGGGCCUUGGGCCUCUCAGUGGAGAGCUGCCAUGGACGCAGAGAUGGCCUCCUACAGAUCCACAGGCACCUACGUCGAUGAGGUUCCCCCCCCUGGGGCGAACGUAGUCGACGGCAUGUGGAUCUACAGGGUGAAGCGGCCACCGGGAUCUCCCCCGGUCUUCAAGGCGCGCUACGUGGCUAGAGGUUUCAGUCAGCGCGAGGGAGUUGACUUCUUUCAGACCUUCGCACCUACCCCGAAGAUGACCACUCUUCGGGUGUUACUACACGUAGCAGCACAGAGAAACUACGAGUUACACUCUCUCGACUUCUCCACUGCUUUCCUUCAGGGCAGCCUACACGAGGAGGUCUGGUUGCGUCGUCCCUCGGCCUUCACUGGCACUUUCCCUCCUGGGACCCAGUGGAGGCUGAGGCGACCUGUUUACGGUCUUCGCCAGGCCCCUCGCGAGUGGCACGACACUCUGCGUUCUACCCUCUCUGACCUUGGGUUCCAGCCGUCUUCUGCCGACCCGUCGCUGUUCGUUCGUCGUGGCUCCACACCGUUCUUUGUUCUGGUCUACGUCGACGACCUCGUUUUCGCCACUCCGGACAGGGUUGCUUUGGCAGACGUGAAGUCCGAACUGCAGAAGAGACACACGUGCACUGAUCUUGGUGAGCUGCGCCACUACCUUGGCCUGCAGAUCACCAGGGACAGAGCCGCUCGCACCAUUACACUCUCACAGUCACACAUGGUGCAGCAGGUCCUUCAGCGGUUCGGGCUUCAGCACUCCACCGUACAGCGCACACCUCUCGCUGUUGACCACAGACUCACUGGUCCCUUUCCUGACGAGCCGUUUGAGCCUAGUGGUCCCUACGCAGAGCUUGUGGGUUGCCUCAUGUACCUGAUGACUUGUACUCGCCCGGACCUCGCCUUCCCUCUCAGCAUCCUUGCGCGCUUUGUUGCGCCAGGGAGACACCGUCCUGUUCACUGGACGGCAGCUGUGAGGGUGGCGAAGUACCUAGCGACUACAUCAGGCGUGGGGCUAGUUCUUGGAGGGCAGCAGUCUGUCGUACUCACUGGUCACUGUGACUCCUCUUACGCUGACGACGCUGCGACUCACAGGUCUACUCAGGGGUACUGUUUCAGUCUGGGUUCUGGAGCUGUUUCCUGGCGUUCCACGCGCUCCUCUUCUGUCUCGACCUCUACAGCUGAGGCUGAGAUUUACGCUGGUGCCAUGGCGGCACAGGAGUUGCGGUGGUUGACCUUCUUGCUCGCCGACCUUGGUGAGCGGCCGAGCUCUGCACCGACCUUGUUUACUGACAACAAGGCGUCGAUCCUCCUCUGUCGUGAGCCGCGACUGGAGAGCAGAGUGAAGCACAUUCACGUCAGGUACUUUCUUCUGCGAGAGUUGCAGAGACGUGGACAGGCUCGCUUCGAGUUCGUGGAGUCCGAGGCCAACACUGCAGACAUCUUCACCAAGGCGCUUCCGCCUUGUGACCACCAGAGGUGUUGUGUGCAGUUAGGCCUUGUUGACACAGGUUCUAGUCAUGUGUAG